GGGCCGGGGAGCCGCUGACGCCUUUUGAACCUAUGGCGCGGCCCGGAGGGAAGACUCGUCGGCACGCGGAGGCUCUUCAGGGUUCGCGCUGGCCUCCCGCUUCUGCACGGAGUCCCUCUCGCGGGCUCGGUUUCAGUCAGAGAAAUCGGGACUCCAGGCGCUUUUGCCAAGCCGCGCCUCUCUCCUCAGCAUUGUUUGAUGGCCUGUUCUCAGAAAAUGGAGUCCAGGCUCCUCUUCGAGCCGCAAAGUCAUUUGCAAAUGGUGGUGUUAGCUGUUUUUUUCUUUUUAUUGUGGUGCUGGGGCCGGCUCUACCAUUGAGUAACAUCCCUAGCUCUAAAAUGGUGUUGUGGAAAAAAUACGAUAUGGAACCGAUCGGAGUGGAAAACUUGAGGUUCUCUAAUGAUCUUGCUUCACCAUGGCUACAAAUAUGGAGGGGCUGGUUCAGCACAGAGUGGGGACCCAGCAGGUGGCUGAGGUACCCAGGUGACCACUCAGCACGUUGACCCUCACCCUUGGUACCACGUACAUACACAGACCUCUCGGCCGGAAUCUCCAGGGAUGACCAGCCCCUCCCCGCGCAUCCAGAUAAUUUCCACCGACUCUGCGGUAGCCUCACCUCAGCGCAUUCAGAUUGUAACAGAUCAGCAGACAGGACAGAAGAUCCAGAUAGUCACCGCAGUGGACGCCUCUGGAUCUUCCAAACAGCAGUUCAUCCUGACCAGCCCAGAUGGAGCUGGAACUGGGAAGGUGAUCCUGGCGUCUCCAGAGACAUCCAGUGCCAAGCAGCUCAUAUUCACCACCUCGGACAACCUUGUCCCUGGCAGGAUCCAGAUCGUCACGGAUUCUGCUUCUGUGGAGCGUUUACUGGGGAAGGCAGACGUCCAGCGGCCCCAGGUGGUGGAGUACUGUGUGGUCUGUGGUGACAAAGCCUCUGGCCGUCACUAUGGGGCUGUCAGUUGUGAAGGUUGCAAAGGUUUCUUCAAAAGGAGCGUGAGAAAGAAUCUGACCUACAGCUGCCGAAGCAGCCAGGACUGUAUUAUCAACAAGCAUCACCGAAACCGCUGCCAGUUCUGCAGGCUGAAGAAGUGCCUGGAGAUGGGCAUGAAAAUGGAAUCUGUGCAAAGUGAACGAAAGCCCUUUGAUGUGCAACGGGAGAAACCAAGCAAUUGUGCUGCUUCGACUGAGAAGAUCUAUAUCCGGAAAGACCUGAGAAGUCCUCUGAUAGCCACUCCCACGUUUGUGGCAGACAAGGAUGGAGCAAGACAGACAGGUCUUCUUGAUCCAGGGAUGCUUGUGAAUAUCCAGCAGCCUUUGAUACGUGAGGAUGGCACAGUUCUCCUAGCCACGGAUUCCAAGGCUGAAACAAGCCAAGGAGCUCUGGGCACGCUGGCAAAUGUAGUGACCUCUCUGGCCAACCUGAGUGAAUCUUUGAACAAUGGUGACACUUCAGAAAUGCAGCCCGAAGACCAAUCUGCAAGUGAGAUUACUCGGGCAUUUGACACCUUAGCUAAAGCACUGAAUACCACAGAUAGUGCUUCACCUCCAAGCCUGGCAGAUGGGAUAGAUGCUAGUGGAGGAGGGAGCAUCCAUGUCAUCAGCAGAGACCAGUCAACACCCAUUAUUGAAGUUGAAGGCCCCCUCCUUUCAGACACACACGUUACAUUUAAGCUUACGAUGCCCAGCCCUAUGCCAGAGUACCUCAAUGUGCAUUACAUCUGCGAGUCUGCAUCCCGCCUGCUUUUCCUCUCCAUGCAUUGGGCAAGGUCAAUCCCAGCCUUUCAGGCACUUGGACAGGACUGCAAUACCAGCCUGGUGCGGGCCUGCUGGAAUGAGCUUUUCACUCUUGGCCUAGCCCAGUGUGCCCAGGUCAUGAGUCUCUCUACCAUCCUGGCAGCCAUUGUCAACCACCUGCAGAACAGCAUCCAGGAAGAUAAGCUUUCUGGUGACCGGAUAAAGCAAGUCAUGGAGCACAUCUGGAAGCUGCAGGAAUUCUGUAACAGCAUGGCGAAACUGGAUAUAGACGGCUAUGAGUACGCAUACCUUAAAGCUAUAGUUCUCUUUAGCCCCGAUCAUCCAGGUUUGACGGGCACAAGCCAGAUUGAGAAAUUUCAGGAGAAGGCACAGAUGGAGCUACAGGACUAUGUUCAGAAAACCUACUCAGAAGACACAUACAGAUUGGCAAGGAUUCUCGUCCGCCUUCCAGCUCUCAGGCUCAUGAGCUCCAACAUAACAGAAGAACUUUUUUUUACUGGUCUCAUUGGCAAUGUUUCAAUAGACAGCAUAAUUCCCUACAUCCUCAAGAUGGAGACAGCAGAAUAUAAUGGCCAGAUCACCGGAGGCAGUCUAUAGUGCACAAACGGCAGCUGCCAACAGUGGGAUGCCUCCUAGGACUGCAGGUGCAAGAGAAGGGAAGUAGCAGUGUCUUGGUGUGUGCAGGUGUCUCCAGUGUGCUAGCCACUUCCUCCUGUUCAUCACAGACAGUAGCAACUAAAGACAUAGAACACUUCCCUGCCCUAGGAAAUGUUUUAAUGCCUUUUGGUGAAGCAGAUUUUGGAACAAUCUUUUAAUUCAAUUUGUAUUUAGAAAUUCUCAAAGGGCAAAAAACAAUACUGAAGUUUUAUAAUGUCAGAGACUAGUAUUAAAAGAACCUAAGAACAGUAUGUGUAAAUACAUUUAAAAAGAAAAAAAAGAGUCCUUGGAAUUAAUAGCUACUAAUUACCAGGGUAAUGUUAGCACUUUCUAAGCACUUCUUAUCAAAUCUGCAAUGUUAACAUCUUUGCCUGUGGACAGGGCAAAUGGAAAACUGUGUGUCCUUUUUGUCAAAAUGCUAAUGAUUUCUGUGAAAACUCACUAGGGUACAGGAGACAAUCGUUGACAUUUAGAAGAGAGCUUUGCUCCUAGCUUUGUGCAGUGGUGGUGCUGAGCUAAAUUCCUGUGAGUGAAAUGUGGAUCUCUGGCAUUGUCCCAUUAAGAGCUUCUGUGCCAGCCAGAGAGGCACAUCUGUCGAUUCUUCCAGAACCCGGACUUCGCUAGUUUUCAAAAUUAGAUUGCAGCUUGCCGAGUUUCUAUGAUGAGAGUAAUUCUCUAGUGACUGAAAAGUAUGCUCAGGUCCCACUACAAAUCCAUAGGAACUUGACCUUUGACCAAAAAUUACAAGGUGGGUGAUCUGCACCCUUUGACAACACUUCAUGAGUAUGACCUGUAGUAGUUCAUGCCAUCCAGGGGCAGUGAGGGUUUCUAUUCCUAGCGUGCCUGGGGAGGGGCCAGUAUCUGUGAUCACUUAGAGCCUGCAGCUGAAUGGGAGCUAUGUAUCCUUGCUGCCUGUUGAGGGGGUGGGCCUUAGAAAGCUGAACAAAAGCUAUCAAGAUAAGAUAAAUUCUUUCUGAUCUUAAAAGUAUUAUUUUUUUUUUGGUAUACUGGGACUCUCUGGUAUGUGCUAGUCCAACAAAGCUCUCUAGGAUGUUUGAAGUAAUAGAAGCAAACCACCCUCCCUUUCAAAAGAGGAUGCAAAAGCAAUCCUCAGAUAGGGCAUAUAGUGCAGGCCUGUGACCUCAGCACUUGGGAGGCUGAGGCAGGAGGAUUAUAGAUUCAGGGCCAAUCUGAGCAACUUAAUGAAACUCCUUUUGAGUUUUAAAGGGAUCUGGGGAGUGGGGUGGGAUGGUGAUUUAGUGGUAGAGUACUUGCCUAGCAUGCACUAGGUCCUGGGUUUCAUCCCCAGUACCCAAAUGAGGAAGAAAAAGCAAAAUAGUUAAUUGGCCAUAGUUUCCAACAGAGUUCAUAAUUCAGUUCCAAGGAAGUUAGAUCUGACUUAAAGUUCUCUGCAGUACAAGUCUGCAGCAGCUGGAAAAAAAGCGGAAGGUUAAGACAGGUAUUUGGUGUUUGCUUUUUGAUUAGAGAAAUUAAGAAAAUUACCUCCUAUAAGGUUAAGUUUGUACCUGUUAAAGGACAGUUAUGGGGCUUAAGGCUAGACAGGCUGGUUCCUUUUGAGAGUUAAUGACACUUUACUCACUGUCAGUGGGACUUGAGUGCAGAUAGUAUCUCUAGCUUCUAAAUUCUCAGCUAGAUUUUGAAGCCAGCGUUGGAAAAUAGUAGGAAUGGCCAGUAAAAAAUGAUGGAAAGGACUUAAUUUUGCCAGCUUAAAAGUUUUCUUUUUGUGUGUGUAUUCAAAAUUAAGACAAAAUGACUGGACAUGAGUAUAGUAUAGUGGGCCUGUUUCAUCUCUUUAGAGGGUUCCAUAGUACUCUAUACAUCUUAUAGUUGCUGGCUUUGCUUCUCUUAGGAUUGUACAGUGUGAGCAUGCCAGUCAUUUCUAGGCCACUCAGAGAGGGCCUGGGCAUCCCCUAUCAGGCUAUUUAGACCAUGGUUGGAUACAAAGUACCAACCUCUGAGAAGAUAGAACUGGAGGGAGAAAAAGAUUUUGCUUGGAAAAAAGCUGUUGACUCUAACCUGCCUGAUCCUUUUUUAAGUCCCAUCAUUGGUAAUGCCCAAUUUACAGAGCUGCUUUGGGCCAACCUCCUACACUGGUUGUCCAGAUCUUCAUGGCCUUACCUUUAACACUUGUAUCCUCACAAUGUUCUCAUUAACUGAAAUCACUGCAAACUUUGAGUGCUUCUCCAUUCCAUCUUGUCAUAUCUAGGAAGAUCAGCCCCAGUCGUUUCUUAAGAGAGAACCCAAUCCAAUGUAGUCAGUGCCUGGGCUCCAGUUUUCAGGGGUUUCCAUCCUAUCGGGUCUGUGAUACUCCAAAUCUGAUGAAGCAGGACAGGCAUGUCUAAACACUCCUCUUGGGUAGGUGGACAGACACACACUGACAUGGCUACUGGCUAACUGGACUUUUCCAGAAGUAUCUCAAAUAAUGUUAAAAUAGUUCCAAGUUGAAGUUUGAAAUAAAACAGACCAGGAGAUGUAGACAAAGACCAAAUUCCCUAAACAAGUUAAUUCACAAGGUGUUCAAUAUAGUGUGUCACCAUCCUUCCAGUUUGCAGUGUGUGUUGAGGGGGCUCAUUUACUAUCUCGUCUCUUCCUGAGGCUGCAGUUGGGGUUGUACUGUCUGGGUUUCUGUACUGAAGUUCAAGUGGAGUCACUUAUGCCCUUAGGAUGGUUCUCUAGUUUGUCAGUGUCAGUAUUAGAUGUGGACAGUAUUCUGGGGUAGACACUACAUCAACCAGGGUGGCCAGUGUGGUCCCCAAGUAGAGCAGCAGCAUCUAUAAUACACACACUUGUUUCUUGAAGGGAAACCCUGAUCAACAUCCCUGACAGCAAGAUCUGUCUUCUGGGACCUGAUGUCAGGGGAAUUUGGAAGCCUGUUGCUGCUUUCCAGUGGCUGGUAAGCACUGGUAAGCAGUGGGGCUGUUGGUGCUGCUGAAACUCUUCUCUAAGUCCAAGCCCAAGCCAUGAAAAGCACCAUCUGACUGCUGCUUUUCUCCAGAGGGAGGGGGAGGGUUCUGGGAACAUCUCACACUGGCAGAACAGGUGCCCCACCUUUUCGUUUGCCUAACUUCCAGUCUCUAGAUUUUGUGGCUCUUUGCAAAAGUCUUAACUCUUACGUUAGUUUCUAUAUAAGUCAAUUCCAAAAUGAGAUGGGGUUGGCCUAGGUGUUUUGUACAAGUUUCUGGACUUCCUUCCUCAUUGAGUGCCUCCCAUCAGUGUGUACUUUCUGUGCACAACCUGUCCCUUCAGCCGCACUGUGCAUGUCCAGAUUUAUAGGCCUAGAUGACUGAAUGAAUGUACAUGUGUUCAUAUUAUCUUUGUACAGUGUAUAUAAUGUGUGUACAUAGGUGUACAUUAUGUAUACAGACAUGUAGCCACGUAUCCAAACUUCUAUGUUGUCAAGAGUUGAUGCUAGCGUUGCUAAUGUGAAUGGAUGUGGGUAUUGCAAGGGUCCCCUGACAGGGAUAUACUGGUGAAUUUCUUACCAACUUCAUUUUCCUAGGAAGCUGUCUAGAAAGGGCCAAGUGCCACUCACUCCUGCAUAAGGAAGCCUCAAGCCAGAAAGGUCCUGACAGGAGGGCAGUUCUCUAGGUUUAGAAAGGCCCAGAAGAUGGUGGAAGAGAUGUUAGCCUAAUACCAAAACUAAGUGGUAGCUAUAAGCCUACUUUCCACAAACCAGUUUACCCUAACUGGAGGGAAUUUAGUGGCUGAGACAGGCACUCGGGGAUCCAGAGGGCUGCUGCAGUCUCUCUUGUUUACCCUGUGCUCUGUCAGUAAGACUUGGGUACUGUCUGGUGGUAAAAGUAACCAGCCUACCAAACAAUGUUAGCUAUUAACUGUGGCAUAUAAACCACAAAUAGUCAAUUGUCCCUUUAACUAGAAGCAAGUGAAGGGUUAUCCUAACUUAACUACAUUCUAUAAAAGUUUUAAUUAACAGUAAGAAAGCGAAGGCUGACAUAUUUUCCUCAUCCACCAGGUCUAUUCUGAUGAAAUUUGUUCCCUAUGAUUGAGAUUUUAGGCUGAGAUGGAAUUUGGGAGCCAGGGCCCAGCUUGACAGAGCUGCUAGUGGCCAUGGUAAACAGCACCUGUCUUGGAGGAAGCCAAGUGCAUAAAUCUUGCCUGACCCACAGGUUGUUGCUCUUUGUGUUUUAAGAAUAAUUAUUAAGACUGUAGUCCUCAGUGCCUUUGGUGAGAUGUGGGUCAUUUGGCUUCAGCUUCCCACUUGUGUCCCUGGCCUCACCGUUCAUGGUUGUUCAAUCUUGCCUGUGUCAUUGCCUGUUGUGACAAUCACACUAUUCAAAGUGGCUUUCCAAGUAAAACACAGGGAAGCUUGGCAGUCUCUAAACGAAUCUUUUCAUUUUCUUUGGGGGCUAUUGUCUUAGCAGCAACCUAAGAGUGAGUUUAAAAAUGGCUUAGGAAGGAGAAGAACAUCAGACAUUUCUAAUGCUCAGCAAUACGCACUUUCAGUUAAUUUUCAAGAAUUUUGGUAUUUAUACAUGGGAUGUAGGGAAAAUGUUCAACAUUAUAUCAAGUUUUAGUGUUUGGGUAACAUUUGGUAUAGACUGCACAUUAAAAAUGGCCUUUCUUCGGGAAAUUAUCGUCAUCAGUUGUCAUCCCAACAGCCUGCUCAUUCACGGAUGCCAAUGUACACACAACUCAAGUGCUGGAAUAUUUUUCUAGUUUGUUUUCCCAAUUAACUUGUAAAUCAGUGUUCAACUAGUUUUAUAACUGAAGAGCUGCACAUUUUUCAUAGUAUCAACUAGUUUGUACCUGUAGUUUGGAUUUCUCUGUUAAGAUACAGCGCAUUAUCUACCCCCCUACCCUACCCACUCUUCCUUUUUAAAGGACAUCUAAAGGAAAGUCCAGUGUGGAAUUUUCUUGGGAUCGGUUGUAUAACUUCUGCCCUUUACACCAUGGAUGCCAUUACCUUUUGAAUUCAGGUUUAAAACCUAUGGAGAGCUGCCAUUUUGUACAGCUUUUCUCCCUGUGUAAAUGAGCUAUGUGAUGGCAUUUAAAACCCGCAUGUUCUUUUUAAAUUCAAUUUUCUAUCUAAUCAAUGUCUUCAGUCCUGAAGGAGAAUCUGCAUUGUUGUGUCUGUGUAGAGUUGCUGUGCAUGGUUAUGAGCGCCUUUUACUAAACGCUGUUCAAUGUGGCUUUGUUGUUGUGGCUUAAUACUACCUACAUGAGGU